GGCACUUUCUCCCCGGCUGUGUGUGUGUGUUGCUUGUAGCACCGGGGUGCCCGCGGUGUAUGACUGUGUGUUUCUCUUUCUCUCGCUCGGUGUGUGUGGUUUUCAUUGUUUCAGGCGGGGAGAGGGAGAAGGAGAAGGAGAAAGAGUGAGAGAGAGAGCACGGUUUCCCACAGUUAGCUCAAUGGCUGCCGCACGGUCUCCACGUCCCACCUGAGAGGGAGCGGCCCCAGCUGAAUCCUCACUGCCGGGCAGGAAGCACUCUGUGCGGGGUUCUCCACCCGAAGCUCCGCGCCCACCGUCGAUCUGUGGAUCCCGAAGAACAGAACCUAGCGGGGUGUGAGCAGAGGUCCCUCAACCAUGGUCGAACCAGCCGACAGGUCGUCCUCAGCCGGUCAGCGGCUGGGCGCCCCUGAAAGUUUCGGGGUGUCCACCCUGGAGCCCGGCCUACGUGCCCCUGCUCAGGCUCCGGGAAAGCAGGUCUCCAUACGGGUGCAGAUGCUCGAUGACACACAGGAAGUCUUCCAGAUAUCGCAACGUUCUCCCGGCAAAGUGCUGUUUGACCUGAUUUGCGUCCAUCUCAACCUGACGGAGGGAGACUAUUUUGGGCUGGAGUAUCUGGACCAUCGCAAAAUGACGUUGUGGCUGGAUCUGCUGAAGCCGACGCUAAAACAGAUCAGACGGCCUAAAAACACCAUCCUCCGCUUCGUGGUGAAGUUCUUCCCUCCUGACCACACACAGCUCAUGGAGGAGCUGACUCGGUAUUUGUUUGCCCUGCAGAUUAAGCGCGACCUGGCCUGCGGUCGCCUCAUCUGUAACGACACCAGCGCUGCCCUCAUGGUCUCCCACAUCAUUCAGUCUGAGAUUGGGGACUUCGAUGAGACCCAGAGUUGGCAACAUCUCCUCCACAACAAGUACCUGCCCGACCAGGACGCCAUCAGAGACAAGAUCACCGAGUGCCACCGCAAGCACGUCGGACAGACUCCUGCGGAGUCGGACUACCAGCUGCUGGAAAUCGGCAGGCGGUUGGAGAUGUACGGCAUCCGUCAGCACCCGGCCAAGGACAGAGAGGGAACCAAGCUGAGCCUGGCGGUGGCGCACACGGGGGUUCUGGUUUUUCAGGGAUACACUAAGAUCAACGCCUUCAACUGGUCCAAGAUUCGCAAACUCAGCUUCAAACGCAAGAAAUUUCAAAUUAAGCUGAGGGCAGACCCCACUCAGAACGCCCACCACGACACGUUGGAGUUUGCCAUGGCGAGCAGGGACUGCUGUAAGAUCUUUUGGAAGAUCUGCGUCGAGUAUCACGCCUUCUUCAGACUCUUUGAGGAGCCCAAGCCCAAACCCAAGCCCAUUCUCUUCACGAGAGGGUCCUCGUUCCGAUUCAGCGGUCGAACUCAGAAGCAGAUCAUUGAUUACGUGAAGGACUCGGAGCUCAAGAAAGUUCCAUUUGAAAGGAAGCACAGUAAGAUUCUGUCCAACAGCAGCUUCUCUCCUCGGACGUCUUCCUUCGGAUCACAAGUGCCAAAAGAGAGUGCCCUCUCCAUCCCAUUAGCAGACCAGCCUGACUCGGCCAAGCUGAGCCGUCAAGCCGCACCUAAUGGUUCAGGGGAGCCACCGCUGGUGUCGGCGUCCACCAACGGCUUCCAGGAUACGCAGGCGGCGCCAGGCUCGGACCCUACUCAAUCCAGGCGGAGCCAUGGCGGCACCGGAUCGGCACCGGACCAGCACCUCCUCAACCCAGGAAGUCCCGGCUCAGACGACUCUCCGCUGGGAAGUCCCCACGUGGUCGUUAACGGCAACGGGCCAGUAAAUGAACAAGGGAUGGGCAGCGCCGGUGUCCUGGUCCCGGGUCAGAGUCCCGAGGGACGGCAGAUAUCGCCUCUCACCAGCCCCCUGCUGAUCGAAGCUGGAUAUGUCCGUAACGAUGAGGAGGAGGAGGCGAGGAGGAAGAAGUUUCCCACAGACAAGGCCUACUUCAUCGCCAAGGAGCUGUUGACCACGGAGCGGACCUACCUCAAAGACCUACAGGUCAUUACAGAGUCCUUCCAGAGUCUUGUGGCCAAAGACGAGGCGUUCCCAGAGCCCGUUCAGAACCUGAUUUCUGCCAACUAUGAGCCGGUCUACAAGUUUCACCAGGGAUUCCUCAAAGAGGUGGAGCAGCGGCUGGCGCAGUGGGAGGGACGCUCCAAUGCCCACAUUAAAGGAGACUAUCAACGAAUUGGUGAUGUUUUGCUGAAGAACAUUCAGGGUUUGAGGCAGUUGACCGUGAACCUCCAGAAACAUUCAGAGUGCCUGGUUGAACUGGAACGGGCCUAUAGGUCCGGUCGUAAAGUUGAGACUCUCUGUCGGGACUUUGAGCAGCAGAGAGUUUGCUACCUGCCCUUCAACAUCUUCCUGCUGCGACCUCUUCAUCGCCUGCUGCACUACAAACUCAUCCUGGAGAGGCUCUGCAAGCACUACCCACCCACCCACGAGGACUUCAGGGACUCUAGAGCGGCUCUGGCUGACAUCUCCGAGAUGGUGCUGCAGCUCCAAGGCACCAUGAUGAAGAUGGAAAACUUCCAGAAGCUUCUAGAGCUAAACAAGGACCUGACUGGAAUCGACAACCUUGCCAUCCGCGGGAGGGAGUUCAUCAGGCUCGGCUGCCUCAGCAAACUCUCAGGGAAGGGCCUCCAGCAGAGAAUGUUCUUCCUGUUUAGUGACUCGUUGGUGUACACCAGUCGAGGGAUGACCCCGGCCAACCAGUUCAAAGUUCACGGACAGCUGCCUCUUUAUGGCAUGACGAUCAGAGAAAGUGAGGAGGAAUGGGGAGUCCCUCACUCGUUCACUUUGUUUGGACACAGGCAGUCUGUGGUGGUGGCAGCCAGCUGUGCGUCAGAGAUGGAGCGGUGGGUGGAGGACAUCAGGAUGGCCAUCGACCUGGCGGAGCAGAGCAGCAGCCCGGGCACCGACCUGCUCUCCACGAGCCUCACUGACAACAAGCUGCUGGACGACGGUGUGGCCGAGCAGGAGUCGGAGGAGGAGCUCUGCGGCUCGCGCUCGUCCCUGGAACGCCAGGGUCACCGUGGUAACACCACCGUGCACGUCUGCUGGCACCGCAACACCAGCGUGUCCAUGGUGGACUUCAGCGUUGCCGUCGAGAACCAGCUGUCGGGGAACCUGCUGAGGAAGUUUAAGAACAGCAACGGCUGGCAGAAGCUCUGGGUGGUCUUCACCAACUUCAGCCUCUUCUUCUACAAGUCACAUCAGGACGACUACCCUCUGGCCAGCCUCCCUCUGCUCGGCUACUCCGUGACGGUCCCGGCCGAGUCGGAAAACAUCCACAAAGAUUACGUUUUCAAACUCCACUUCAAGUCCCAUGUGUACUAUUUCAGAUCAGAGAGCGAGUACACCUUUGAAAGGUGGAUGGAGGUGAUCCGCAGCGCCACCUGCUCCUCCAGCCACUCACUGCCGAGCACCAGGAAAGACCUUUACUGAUGACGGCGCUCCG